AAAAAUAUCGAUAGCCUUCUCGGCCGCUGACGUGUAUAAAAUAUCGAGGCACAGGCGGUGCUUUUGAGCAAUUUUCUUUUAUUUUCCUAUAGAAUAUAAGCGGCGUGUGAAAGCGCAACAACAAAUAGGAAAAUGUUAAAGUUAGGUCUGAUUCUUCUCUGCGUAAUGGUCGCUUGUGGGCCAACGUGGAGUGCUCUCACCGUGGACAGCCAUUUGGGCCCCAAAGAUCUCAGCCGCCUGCAAAAGGUCUUCGUGGACGGAUUCGGCUCCAGCGACCUGCAGUCCAUCUUUUUCUCCAGCCUUAACAUUCAACUGACCGACGCCACCCAAAAGGAGCCAAUCUGCAAAAAGAUUGCCACGCUACAUGCAGAAUCCAAGCUGAACAGCUUCGAAAAGGACUACUACUAUAUUGGUGCUAGCAGAAACCUGGGCUGCUCUGCGAAGAUCGACGAGAGUCUGCUCUCCAAGGUUUACGGUUCUCUGAACUCGGAACUGGGCAGCACCCAAGAGAUCUUCUACCGCGUGGUUACCCACAAAGUGCUCGGCGUUGAGGUCAAUGAGGCCGCACAAGGAAAACUAGUGAAGCGCCUGCAGGAACUGCUCAAGAAGGACGACACGCUCAGCGGUCUGGGCUACGCCUUCAAUGUUGCCCCAUUCCUGGGCGACAGUGCCUCCUUCAUCGCAAACCGCGUAGAGGAUGCCAUUGUACAGGCUGAUGAAGUGGACGGCAAGCUUCUGCAAUUCGAAGGCGGUCUCAGCAUCACUUCCUUGAUCAUCAACGGUGCCUUUGGCGUGAGCAAGACCUUUAAGAAGCCAUUGCCAGUUACUGCCGAUCAGGCUGUCAAGUUUGCCAACUACUUCCUCAGCCGGCGAUCCGUCCAAACCGCCAAGGGAGCUCAUGUGCUGAUCGAGGCACUGAAGACCAUCAGUGGUGCCGAUAAAAUAGCCCCCAUUUGCGUGCAACUCAUUGGCAAUGGACAGCUGGAGGCCCAGUCGCCCACGCUGAACGUGGCUAUUGUCGAUCUGCUCGGCAAGCCCCUAUCGCCUGCCCCCAAAACUAUUAAUGCCAAGGUUAUCCGCAAGAAGGACAGCUCUGUGCUGGCUGAGAAGAUCGCUGUAGCCUCGAAGUCCUCCGACAAAACCACCUAUGUGGCUGAUCUUACCAGCUUGAAGCCAGCCCGCGGAAUCUACCAGGCGGAGUUGAAUGCCGAUGGUGUCUACACUCAAACCCUGCAGUUCAAGGUUCUUGGACGCGUGAAGGUUCAAUCUCUGGAGGUGGGCAUUGCCGAAUCUGAUGCAAGUGCUGCGACUCGCAAGCAGAGCGUGACCUAUCCCGGCAAACUGCAGGAGGUUCUAUCCGCGGACAGCACACAGAAGCUGCUGCUGAAGGCCGUUUUGGUUGAGGAGUCAAAUAACAAGCCUCUGGCCGUCCAUCAGGCCUUCGUGCGUCUGUUCAACAAGAAAACUGACAAGGAGAUAAUCUUUGUGGCCGAGCAGGAUAGCAGCAAGGCCUACAAGUUUGACAUGGAUGUGGGCAACAAUGGCAAGAACUUCAACUACCAGAGCGGCACCUACAGCAUUUACCUGACCGUGGGCGAUGCCUCCUUGUCCAAUUCAUUCGAGUGGUUGGUGGCUGAAGUCCAACUGAAAUUCAACGAGGACAAGGAAGUCAAACCCAAGACCACUUCGGGACCUCUGCCUGAAAUCAUUCAUCAGUUCCGUGUGCCUGACAAGCGCCCGCCUCGCAUUGUUUCCGACAUUUUCACCGGACUUUGCAUCACCCCGCUGGUGUUACUUUUCGUGUUCUGGGGCAAGCUGGGCAUCAAUGUGUCCAACCUGACGCUGGCCCCCAGCACGAUCGGCUUCCACCUGGGCUUCGGUGGCAUCCUGGUGCUGUUCUUCGUCUUUUGGCUGCAGCUCAACAUGUUCCAGACGCUGCGUCUGCUGAUCCCCAUCGCAGUAUUCACAUUCCUGGCUGGCAACCGAUUGCUGAGGCGUCUUUACGCACAACGUAACUCGAAGGCAAGUGCGUCGUAAAUCCCUUCAUUUUACGAGGUCAAUAAGUGAGCUACUCUCUAUCUUGCAACUCCAUCAGAAAACAAACUUUAAUAAAGCGAUUUAGUUAAGCCCAAUGAA